AUGAUAAAAAUAAAGGAAAAUAUAUUAUGUCCUCGAAUUAGAGCUUAUUCGCUUUAUUCGGUUUUGGCUUUUGUAGCCUUCUAUUUUGAUGAUAUUUUUAAUCAAUUGGAUAAGAAAGGCGUGACAGAAGAGAUCCAUUAUCUACUUAGACAACAUAAGCAUUAUGAAGUUUGGAUAACUGGGCAUUCUUUGGGUGGAGCAUUGGCAGCAAUAGCUGCAGCAAAAUUAAUUCAAAGUAAGGAAAUCGGCCCUGAUAAAAUAAAGCUUGUAACCUUUGGUCAACCGCGUACUGGUGAUAGUGGAUUUGCUGCUGGUAUGAGUAAAAAUUUGCCUUUCUUCAAUUAUCGAGUAACUAGAGCUCGUGAUUUAGUUGUACAUAUACCUCCACGAACUUAUGAGGAUUAUGCACAUUAUAAAACUGAAAUUUUUUAUGAUAAUGAGAUGAAACCGGGUGCUAAAUGGAAACGAUGUGUUGGAGGAGAUGAAGAUAAAGAUUGUGCAAAUAGAUAUGGGCGAGUUCUUUUUCCUAAGCUUUACUAUUAUAAUUUAUUUCUAGUAUCUAUACAAUAUCUGAUCACACAAAAUAUUUUGAUAAGGAUGUAUCAGCAUAUGGUUUGA